AUGGCCGCUCAUUCAACGCUUCGUCGUCGAGAAGAUCCUCUCGUGGCGCUGUACAACAAAUACACCAGUCUCGUUCGCUCCCGGAUCAAGCGUUCAUCAAAGACCACCCAAAUCAUCGCCACUAUUGCACUGAUUCUAUCUAUUUUGGGUUCCGGUUAUGGAGGCUACAAAUGGUUCAGCGAAAGGGCCAAAGAACGUGCGCGAGGAAGACGGCUGCUGCGUCGGAAUUCCGGGAUUCGAGGCAAGGAUGGCACUCGUACCAUCUAUGUGCCCUAUAAGGGCUCCAUGACCUCUAAGGUUGUGAUUCAUCCGACCAAACAAACGACUUUCGAUGCGCAUCGGCGGUUGUUCUUGAAUCCACCUGCUGCCGCCCGUGUCGGCGACGGUGAAUCAGUGAAUCAAAUACCGCCGCCAACCACAAAGCCCGGGAUCAACCUUGCAUUCCUUCAUCAAUUUCUCAGCCUAGGGAGUAUCAUGGUCCCGAGAUGGGGUAGCAAAGAAACUGGGUUAUUAAUGGGCCAUGGGGUUUUCUUGCUCUUGCGGACGUACUUGUCUCUGUUGAUCGCACGGCUUGAUGGCGAGAUUGUAAGAGAUCUUGUUGCGGGCAAAGGGCGCGCUUUCGCUUGGGGCAUUCUCAAAUGGUGCGGGAUUGGCACACUGGCUUCCUACACCAAUGCCAUGAUCAAGUUCCUUCAAUCGAAGGUGUCUAUUGCGUUCCGGACCCGAUUAACGAGGUAUAUUCACGAUCUCUAUCUUACUGGCGAUAACAACUACUACAAGUUGAUGAAUUUGGAUGGCGGUGUUGGCCAAGGACCAGACCAAUUCAUUACCCAGGACCUUACUCUCUUCUGUUCUGCAGCAGCAGCGUUAUACUCGUCCAUGGGGAAGCCCAUGAUGGACCUAUUUGUGUUUAACUAUCAACUGUAUCGUUCUCUCGGGCCUUUGGCCCUUACCGGUAUCCUCACGGGCUACUUCAGUACCGCAGCAGUUCUGAGGAAGCUUUCACCACCGUUUGGAAAGCUAAAGGCUGUGGAGGGAAAGAAAGAGGGUGACUUCCGGGGUCUACAUUCACGGUUGCUCGCCAAUGCUGAGGAAAUCUCUUUCUAUGGCGGCGCGGACAUCGAACGUGUUUUCCUUAUGAGAAGCUUCAAAGACCUUCAGCGCUGGAUGGAGGGUAUCUAUAGCCUCAAGAUCCGCUACAACAUGCUCGAAGACGUCAUUCUGAAAUACGCUUGGUCUGCGUUUGGCUACCUGAUCACAUCACUGCCAAUAUUUCUUCCAGCCUGGGGCGGCAUGGGUGGUGCCCUGGAGCUUGUGGACGUGCCGAAGGAGACUGGUCGAGAACGCGAUCGCAUGAAGGAGUUCAUCACGAACAAACGUUUGAUGCUAUCUCUGGCGGAUGCAGGUGGCCGGAUGAUGUAUAGUAUCAAAGACAUCUCGGAGUUGGCUGGGUACACGUCUCGAGUCUACAGCUUGAUAUCCACCCUUCACCGAGUGCAUGCGAGUGCAUACUACCCCCCACGCAAUUCUCAUGCGGAGCUAUACUCUCUCGCGGAUGUACAAGGGACUAUUCAUAACGGCUUCGAUGGUGUUCGUCUCGAACAAGUUCCCAUCGUCGCGCCUUCAAUAUAUCCCCGGGGUGGCGAUGAUCUGAUCGAGUCACUGUCAUUCGUCGUGCACUCCGGCGACCACCUCCUGAUAUCUGGACCGAAUGGGGUCGGCAAGACUGCCAUUGCCCGGGUUGUAUCAGGGCUGUGGCCAGUGUACCGCGGGUUGGUCAGUCGCCCCAGAGGGUUUGGGCUUGACGGCAUCAUGUUCCUUCCCCAGCGGCCCUAUCUCAGCGUGGGGACUCUCCGCGAUCAAGUAAUCUACCCCCACACUGCAAUCGACAUGCACGAGGCAGGUGUAACCGAUGCUGCACUGCAGAAAAUUCUGGACGACGCUCACCUAGGCUACCUCCCUGGGCGCGAAGGCGGAUGGGACACUCGAAAGGAGUGGAAGGAUGUCCUGAGUGGAGGAGAGAAGCAACGCAUGGCAUUGGCACGAAUUUACUAUCACGAGCCUCGCUAUGCCUUCCUUGAUGAAGGAACCUCAGCGGUCUCGUCUGAUGUCGAGGGCCUGCUGUACCAGCGGGCAAAGGAGCGGGGAAUCACCGUGAUUACGAUCUCCACACGCGCAUCGCUCAAGAAGUACCACACAUACAACCUUAGCAUUAGUAUUGGCGAAGGGGGCGAGCAAUGGGAGUUUGAGAGGAUCGGCACCGCCAAGGAGAAGCUGGGAGUUGAGAAGGAGUUGCAGGAGAUACGGAAGCGGCUUGACAAGGUGGAAGAAUGGAAACAGCGUCGGGAGGAUAUUGAGAACGAGCUGCGCAAGGUCUGGGUGGAAGAAGGAGAGCUUUCUCCACCACCCUAUGAAUCUGAAUCGGAAGCAGUGGAGGUACAGGAUGAUCAGCAGUAG